AUGGACGAAUACACGGCAGAUCUUUUCAUCUCCCGCGAGGAUACCUCCGAUACCCAGCCGCAACAACCGUCGCCACCACAGCCGCCGCCCACCGUUGUCGUGGACGAGUGGCAUCCGGACACCGACGCCAAUGAGACCUCGCCCAAGAAGUCACCUACCGGUCUGCGCUCGCGCAUCGCCAACAACCUGAGCAAGAAGACGAGUAUCCAAGACCGCCUUGUUGAAAAACUCCUCCAGCAAGUCAUACCCGAGAGCUCCGAUGGCCUCACCGGCGGCGACGAUACACUGGCCCCGGGCUUCCCUCCGGACAAGAAUUCUUCGUUUUCCCAGCGGCCCAACUUCAAUAUCACCACCAUGUCCAACAACUUCCGUCGCUUCAACGCCCGUAUUGGUGUUGUGUUCAAGUUCCAGGCCCGCGUGGUCCGCUUGCUCAGCUGGCGUCGCCCAACACACACACUCUCCCUCCUUGCCGUAUAUACAUUCGUCUGCCUCGAUCCAUACCUCUUGGCCGUCGUACCUCUCGCUGGUUUUCUUCUCGCCGUCUUCAUCCCCUCGUUUCUGGCUCGCUACCCGGCCCCGCCGUCCGGUACCCUGUCUUCGGAACAGUCGGUCGGCUAUUCCCCGAAAGGCCCGCCGCUCGCCCCGGCACGAACAGUAAAGCCCGUCAAGGAGCUCAGCAAGGACUUCUUCCGCAACAUGCGGGACCUCCAGAACUCGAUGGACGACUUCUGCGUCGCGCACGACGGCGUCGUCAACACUGUUGUCCCCAUCACGAACUUCUCCAACGAGGCCGUCUCGUCCGCCCUCUUCCUCGGCCUCACUCUCACCACUGUUCUCAUGACGACCUUUGCCUCUCUCCUCCCGUGGCGGCUCAUCGCUCUAGUAGGAGGCUGGGUUGUCAUUCUCUCUGGCCAUCCGGCCAUCGCCCCGCUCCUCACACAUACUCACGACACCCACGUUGCCCCACGAGAAGCCCAUGCUCGCUCGCGCCUCGACGCCUGGAUCGCCUCCGACAUCAUUCUCGAUUCGGCUCCAGAAACGCGCGAGGUGGAAAUCUUUGAGCUGCAGCGCCAGUCGCACGAUGAGUGGGAGCCGUGGCUGUUCUCCCCUUCGCCCUACGACCCGCUCUCCCAGCCGCGUAUUGCGGGCGAGCGUCCUCGCGGCACCCGCUUCUUCGAGGACGUGCUCCCCCCGGACGGCUGGGAGUGGUCUGAGAAGAAAUGGGCCCUCGAUCUCUGGAGUAGGGAAUGGGUUGAGGAGCGCAUCAUCACCGGUGUCGAGGUGGAGACGGAGGGUGAGCGGUGGGUAUACGACAUGUACGACGAGAACUCUUCAUUUUCUGGCGGCGUGAUGGAUUCGCCUACUACCAGUAAAGGCAAGGCCAAGGUCCCGGCGCCCACGCCCAGUUGGGAGGAGGGCGAGGACGGGACGGGGCGAAGGGGGGAAUGGAGAAGGAGGCGGUGGGUUAGGCUUGUCAAGAGGAGGGCCACGACCAACGUCGUUUAA